GCGGCGGGCGCGGGCGCGGGCGCGGGGCGCGGGGAUGGCGGGGCCCGGCUGGGGGCCCCCGCGGCUGGACGGCUUCAUCCUCACCGAGCGCCUGGGCAGCGGCACGUACGCCACCGUGUACAAGGCCUACGCCAAGAAGGACACCCGCGAGGUCGUAGCCAUAAAGUGCGUGGCCAAGAAGAGCCUGAACAAGGCCUCGGUGGAGAACCUCCUGACGGAGAUCGAGAUCCUCAAGGGCAUUCGACACCCGCACAUCGUGCAGCUCCGAGACUUCCAGCUGCCGUCUGCCUGUCGCGCAGUGGGACAGCGACCACAUCUACCUCAUCAUGGAGUUCUGCGCAGGGGGCGACCUGUCCCGCUUCAUCCACACCCGCAGGCUUCUGCCCGAGAAGGUGGCUCGCGUCUUCAUGCAGCAGUUGGUGCCCUGCAGUUCCUGCAUGAACAGAAUAUCUCUCACCUGGAUCUGAAGCCACAGAACAUUCUGCUGAGCUCCUUGGAGAAGCCCCACCUUAAACUGGCAGACUUUGGCUUUGCACAGCACAUGUCUCCCUGGGACGAGAAGCAUGUGCUCCGUGGCUCCCCCCUCUAUAUGGCCCCCGAGAUGGUGUGUCAGCGGCAGUACGACGCCCGGGUGGACCUGUGGUCCGUGGGGGUCAUCCUGUAUGAAGCCCUCUUCGGGCAGCCCCCCUUUGCCUCCAGGUCAUUCACGGAGCUGGAAGAGAAGAUCCGGAGCAACCGGGUGAUCGAGCUCCCUCUGCGGCCCCCACUCUCCCGAGACUGCCGGGACCUGCUGCAGCGGCUCCUGGAGCGGGACCCCAACCGUCGCAUCUCCUUCCAGGACUUCUUUGCCCACCCCUGGGUGGACCUGGAGCACAUGCCCAGUGGGGAGAGCCUGGCACGAGCAACCGCCCUGGUGGUGCAGGCUGUGAAGAAGGACCAGGACGGGGACGCCGCGGCCGCCUUAUCGCUCUACUGCAAAGCCCUGGACUUCUUCGUGCCCGCGCUGCACUACGAAGUGGAUGCCCAACGGAAGGAAGCGAUCAAGGCAAAGGUGGGUGAGGGCGUCUCCCAAAGGAAACUGGCGCCAUCCCGGGAUCUCCGCAGCCUGGCUCUCCUGCAGCCGAGAGGCAGACUCUCCCAGGGAGGCCCAGGCCCGCCGCUGCAGCCCCCGGACGUCACAGCUUGGGGCAGCCACCAGGGACGCGGAGGGAGAACUUGGGAGGUGGGUGCAGGCCCUGCUGAGGCAGGGGACCUCUGCGCAAGACCUGCUCAGAGAGAUGGCCCGGGACAAACCUCGGCUCCUUGCGGCCCUGGAAGUGGCUUCGGCUGCCAUGGCCAAGGAGGAGGAGGCUGGUGGGGAGCAGGAUGCCCUGGACCUGUACCAGCGUGCCCUGGGGGAGUUGCUGGUGCUGCUGGCAGCGGAGCCCACAGGCCGGAGGCGGGAGCUGCUUCACACCGAGGUUCAGAACCUCAUGGCUCGAGCCGAAUACCUGAAGGAGCAGGUCAAGGCCGUCACUCACUCAGGGUCUGCUCGGUGGGGCCUGGGCCCGCCUGGCUGCCCCUCACCCCUGGGCCGCCUGUAUGUCCCACAGAUGAGGGAGUCUCGCUGGGCAGCCGAGACCCUGGACAAGGAGGGACUGUCCGAGUCCGUUCGUACCUCGUGCACCCUGCAGUGACCCCAGAAGGAUGACCGGACGACCACAAGCCAGCCAUCUCUGCGGACACACCUGGACCGACGCCCAGGAUCCUGUGGCCCCCUGCAAAGCUACAGAGCAGGCUUCCGGCAUGGGCAGCUCUAAGACACACACCCCCAGGAUACUUGGCACUUCCCAGGUGGCCUGGUGGCCUGUGUCCCCCGGUGGGGAGCGCUGGGCCUUGGCCCAUGGGGGAAGGGGAGCAGGACUCGGGGAAAAGACUUUCCUCUGCGUGACUUCUGUGAUUUGGUGACUGCUGGAUCCUGAGCCUGUGACUGAUCCUGGUGACUGAGGCUGCUGAGCCUGUCAGUUUGGGGGCCCCAAGCCCCUGGCCUUGCUCUGAGAACAGGGCAGGGGGCCCUCUGCAGGGUGCUUCUCCUCUGGCUCUUCCCUGUCAGCAGGCAGCUGUGCCCUGGGCCCACCCUGUCCUUCCCGGGAACCCUUACCACAACUCCCUCCCUCCUGGCACUGGAAUGGGGCACCCCCAGACCCCUCAGGGACCACCCACCCCACACUGGGCACUCAACCCCACAGAGCUCACCAGGUUUUCUGAGAGCUGACCCCUGCCGCCCUCUCGAUAGUUUAAGAUAAUCCUUCAGACCUGAAGAUAAUAUACUUUGCAGGGUUGGGACAGAGUUCAGAAAGCCAUGCCUUCUUGUUCCCGCUCUGGCCCAGGGGGCACAAGGAGAGCGGUCCUUAGCCUUUAGCCUUCGCCCCUACUUGCCACAGAGCUGGUCCCCGCCUGGAAGGGGGGAGGCAUGGGGGUGCCUGACCCAUCCGGCUGCAGAGGAGCUAGCAACCCAGGAAACCUGGUUCUGGGUCUGCCCUUGCUGCUACUCCAGUGUGUGACCCUGUGCACGUCUCUUCCCCUUUUCUGGACUGAGUCUCCCCAGCUCUACAAUGGGGCUGUGAAUACCUCCUCAGCUCCCCACGUGGGCUUUUAAGAGGACAGCAGUGACUUUAAUCUGGAGAAAAAUGUAUACACGUGGAGUUCCUUGGGGGUUCUUUUAAAAAAAAGUCCACAAGGGUGCUGGUGAUCUCUGACCUUUGUGCCCUUUAGUGCCUCCUUGGGGCAAGAGGUGUCUUCCUUGCAGGAGACUAGGUGUAAAGAAUAUAAUUCGUUGUUUAUUAAAUUAUUUUCUGAA